CCGCUCAGGAUAGUAUGCCCCUCCCGCAGACUGGUAGCAGACCUCACAUCCCGCCUCCCCAAAUGGGAAAACAGAGGCUGGCUCGGAGUCGCUGACGCACAAGCCCUAAGAACGCUCAUAAAUCUGCUCCGCCAAAGAUGCGCCCCCACCAUACUGGCCGAGGCGAAAGGCGAUAAAGACCUCCGCCUAGCGAACGAUGCAGUCGACAUGGCAAAAGACCUGAUCAGACGAGAUGAACCCACCCAUCUCGCCAUCGCCCCAAACCCAACGUUCAACCUCUCAGGGGCGAAGCUAGGCGCCCUCACCCAAGCAGUCGCCUACAGGGGAAUAAGGAAGGCUAGGAAAGCGGCCGACAGGCCGAGAACCAGAUUAACCGUAGAGAACAUAUUGACCCACCUCGACCGGAGAGGCACCCUCGACGUCCAAGAAGCGACCCUCUGGAGGAGCCUACGGAGCCGCGACAUCCACAGGAAGAUCACCGACUUCCUGUGGAAAAGCAUACACGGGACACACCGAAUAGGCAGCUUCUGGACCCACAUCCCAGGAUACGAGGAGCGAGCAACAUGCACCAUAUGUGGAGUCGAAGAAACGAUGGAGCACAUACUAACACGUUGCAGAGCAAACGGACGGAAGGAAGUCUGGGCCCUCACCAGAGCACUCUGGGAGAAGAAAGGACAGUCAUGGCGAAACCUGAAAAUAGAAGACAUACUAUCGGCCGGGAUGGGCCUGUAUCCAUGUCCGAACCCGACGAAGAGACGAGAGCCACUGGCAAGACUAUGGCGGACCAUUGUACCUGAAGCCGCAUACCUCAUCUGGAAGCUGCGAUGUGAGAGGACAAUCGGACACGCGGACGAAGACGGAUGGAGACAUACCAAGAGAGAAAUAACCAGAAGAUGGUACGCAUCGGUUAACAGGCGUCUGCAACUCGACCUGCUAGCAAUGAAUAGACGCUUCGGUCACCUCGCAAAGAACAGGCAAACGGUCCGAGCGACCUGGACCGGAAUAAUCGGAGACGAACUAGGCUGGCAAGAUGACUGGACGCGAGUCCCAUGGGUUUUAGUGGGUAUUGACCCGGGUAUCUGCGCUGUCGUAGACCCCGGAUAA